CAGCAGCCGAAACUUGUAUGCUUUCUUAUUUGCCUUUGUUUUCUUCUUCACAUUUCUCAUGUAUCUAUCUGCAGUAACUUAAAAGGGCAGAGAAGGAGACAAUGAUACUCCAAAAGCCGACUAUUUCUUCAUUGUUUUCUCGCUUUUGGAACUUCUUCUUCUUCUUCAUCAUUUUAUUAUCAUCUCAGAAAUCAGAAGCUCAAAACGCCUCCACCGACCCUUCUGAAGUGAAAGCACUGAAUUCACUAUUUCAACAAUGGGACUUACAAGCAAUACCCUCAUGGAACAUAAGUGGAGAACCAUGCAGUGGAUCUGCUAUAGAUGAGACAGAGUUUGAGAGCAGUGAUAACAAUCCGGCGAUUAAAUGCAAUUGUUCCUACGACAAUAACAGGACUUGCCACAUCACUAAACUGAGAGUGCACGCUUUGGACAAAAAUGGAGUGAUUUCAGAAGAAAUUACGACUUUGAAAUAUUUGGAAGUUUUCAAGAUUGAUGAGAACUACUUCACCGGUACUUUGCCUGCCUUUAUUGGAAAUUUGUCUGCACUGGUAAUAUUGUCUGUUUCCCACAAUGCAUUCUACGGAUCACUUCCUAAGGAGCUUGGAAAGCUUAAGGGUCUCUAUAUGCUCUCGAUUGGAUCAAAUAAUUUCUCUGGAUCACUCCCCCCAGAGAUUGGUAAUUUGGUCAAUCUUCAACAAAUUUACUUGGAUAGCUCUGGAAUCAGUGGUGAAAUUCCAUCCACAUUUGCUAAUCUUCAAAAUGUGGGGAUCAUGUGGGCAUCAGACAGUCCUAUCUCAGGAAAAAUACCUGACUUCAUUGGAAACUGGACUAGGCUAACUUCUUUGAGAUUUCAAGGGAACUCUCUUGAAGGUCCUAUACCAUCCAGUUUUUCUCAAUUGACCUCAUUGGAGUCUCUGCGAAUAAGUGAUAUCUAUAACGGGAGCUCCUCUCUUGAUUUCGUCAAAAAUUUGAAGAACUUGACAGAGUUAGUUCUAAGAAAUGCAUUACUUACUGGUAGAAUUCCAUCUGAUAUUGGAGAAAUCCAGCAUCUACUAAAACUGGACUUGAGUUUCAAUAACCUAACAGGCGAGAUACCAAGUUCGCUGUUCAAUAUGACUCUCACACACUUAUUUCUUGGGAACAAUAGUUUGUCUGGAAGCCUUCCCGUCCAAUGGAGUGAUUCACUUCAGAAUAUAGAUUUGUCUUACAAUUACCUAUCAGGACGUUUGCCCCCAUGGGUAACCUCCAUCUCACAACUGAACCUAGUGGCCAACAACUUCAUAUUUGACAACUCAAACAAAACGGUUAUGCCUGGACUGGAUUGUCUCCAGAGAAACUUUCCUUGCAAUAGAGAUAGCCCACUCUAUGCUAGCUUCUCAAUCAAGUGUGGUGGACCACAGGUGAUAGGAAGAGGUGACAUAGUGUAUGAAGCUGACGACCUAGUUCUUGGCCCAGCCAAGUUUUAUGUAAGCAAUGAGAAAUGGGCAGUUAGCAAGGCGGGCUUGUAUGCUGACAAAACUGGGAAGCUAGAUCUUGAAGGCACUGUGGCACAAAUCAGCGGUACUAAUGAGAACCCGGAUCUUUUCCAUACUGCAAGGAUGUCCCCAGGAUCGCUAAGGUACUAUGGCCUUGGUCUUGAAAAUGGACCUUACACUGUAACCUUGCAAUUUGCGGAAAUUGGUUUUCCAAAUCAAAACUCAGAGACGUGGGCUGGUCUAGCAAGGCGUGUGUUUGAUAUUUAUAUUCAGGGAAGUCUCGAAUUGAAGGACUUUAACAUUGCAAAAGAGGCAGGUGGGGUUGAGAGAGCAAUAGCGAAGAAAUUCAAUGCGACGGUGUCAGAAAACUAUCUUGAAAUUCAUAUGUUUUGGGCCGGUAAGGGGACCUGUUGUAUACCUAAAGAAGGUUACUACGGUCCAUUAAUAGCAGCUGUCCAUGCUGCUUCAGAUUUUAAACCUACAGUGGGGACUCGAUCAAGUACUCGAGGAGAGAAUAGGACAGGUUUGAUCGUUGGUGUUGUAGUUUCUUCUGUGGUUGUGGGCCUUCUCUUGCUGUUGGUGAUAUUUUAUUGCAGGAAAAAAUCGCUUGCCAAUGACGAAGAACUCGUUGGAAUAGGCCCCCGUCCAGAUACUUUUAGUUAUGCUGAACUAAGAGCUGCUACAGGAGACUUUAGUCCUUCUAAUAAGCUAGGAGAGGGAGGAUAUGGUGUCGUUUACAAGGGUACACUUCUGGAUGGCAGAGUAGUAGCUGUGAAGCAAAUUUCGGUAGCAUCUAACCAUGUAAACCGUCAGUUUAUAGCUGAAAUUGCUACCAUUUCUGUAGUGCAACAUCGCAAUCUAGUGAAACUGUAUGGAUGCUGCAUUGAAGGAAAUAGACGAAUUCUGGUUUACGAAUAUCUAGAAAACAAAAGCCUUGAUCAGGCACUCUUUGGGAAAAAUGACUUGCACCUGGACUGGCCUACCCGCUUCAAUAUAUGUUUGGGAACAGCAAGAGGACUUGCUUAUCUUCAUGAAGAAUCCAGACCAAGGAUUAUCCAUCGAGACGUAAAAGCUAGUAAUAUUUUGCUUGAUGCAGCGCUUUGUCCUAAAAUAUCAGAUUUUGGUUUGGCAAAGCUCUAUGAUGAGAACAAAACCCACGUCAGCACGCGAGUUGCAGGGACAAUAGGCUAUCUAGCACCAGAGUAUGCAUUACGUGGGCGCUUGACGGAAAAGGCUGAUGUUUUUAGUUUUGGUGUUGUUGCUUUGGAGGUUAUUAGCGGUAAACCGAACAUCUAUAAUAGUCAGGAUGGUGAAAUAAUCUAUCUUCUUGAGUCGGCUUGGACCUCACACGAAAGUGGACGAAGUUUGGGGCUGGUGGAUCCGACAUUAACAGAGUUUAAUGAACGCGAGGUGAUCCAAUUGAUACGGGUAGCACUUUUGUGCACUCAAGCAUCGCCAACGUUGCGGCCAACAAUGUCUCGUGUUGUGGCCAUGCUUGCAGGAGAUGCUGAGAUAGACACCGACAUAUCAAAGCCAAGUUAUUUAACAGAAUUGGGUUACAGGGAUAUGGCAAAUUUGAAUGAGGGCAAUAUUCAGGAUGGCAAUGCUAUAGUUCCGGGCCCUGUGAAUGACCCGUUGUUCCCUUCUCCGUACAGCGUCUCUGAAUUACCGGUCAGUGAGCUUAUCGCUGAAGGAAGGUGACAAUGUUUAUAGUUCUUGGUGCAAUGUUCUCGUAUAAACUGCCAGGUAGGGAAGCGUUCGACCUUGACAUGCGGCUUCUGCCGUCUGAAAUUUUUCUUGCUGCUCUUGUUUCUUCAAAUUCAUGUUGAUAUGUAUGUAUAUAGCAAAUAAGAUAUUACGAAUAGGAGACAAUUCUUUUUCCCUUUUUUUAUUGACGAAGGACAAGAUUCAACAUUGCUGGAAAAGUUGAAUUCUGAAAAACACAGCAGAAAAUUUUUUUUGAUUCAAAAACUUAUUGUGAUGAGGAUAAAAUGUGUUUGACAGUCUUGGGAUGUAAAAUUUGUCAAAGUUGAUAGCUUA